UUCUCGAUAUCAAUACUUGUACGGAGCAUUUGAGUUGGGAAAAAAAAAAAAAAAAAAAAAGACACUCUAUGCAACAACAGUGAAACUGGAAAUAUCCAAAUGGGCCCUUCGUGUAUGCCACGUGUCGAGCAGAACAUAAGUCACUGUUUAAGCAAAGUAGAGUUUUGGAAGUUGAAGGCCAAUUGUGAAAGUUUCUCAUGAAUGCUAGAUGAAAGUUUGAGGCUCGUUUUCUGUUGGAACAAAAACGAUGUCGUCGUCGUCAUCGACAUUGACGCCAAUGCAAAGGUACGCAGCCGGAGCUUUAUUCGGGCUGGCCCUACAUCAGGCCCAAAUCCAUCAGACUUGUCCAUUGGGCUUUCCGUCAGACGAGGAUGACCACCGUAUCAGCAAUAGUAGCAGUAGUGAUUCCGUCUCUGCGGGCUGGGUCCACCAAUCAUCUGACCUCCUCCGUCCAGUUUUCAAAUUUCUAGAGAUUGAUAAAAAAGCAUGGACUGGACUAGAGGAAACUGCUGGGUCUUCAUCACCAAAGCAUCACGUUGGCGCGUUGCUAAGGUCGCUAUCUGUAUCUGAAGAAGGUGCUGAUACUUCUUCAGAAGCAGCAGAGAAGGAACAUGAUCUUGCAAGCGCCAUUGAUGCUAUGGCAUCAAGCAUGGAGAGAACUUCCGAUAAUGUGUCCAAGCAGGAGAAGCGGCGUAAAUAUGAGCAUAAAUAUAGGGCGAAAUUAUCCGUUGCUGAUACACAAUCCACGUCCGAAGUGGAAAAUACUACAAAUGCUGAAAAUUACCAAGAGAAAAGCAAGAAACCAUCUAGCAUUGAGCAGGCCCAUUUAGAGUCAGUUAGUGGAUUUGAUGAAAAACCAGUGGAGGAGGCAUCGACGCUUGAAUACUCUAGGAAAGUUAAUGUUAUUUAUCAAAUUUUCUCAGCCUGUCUUGCACAAUCAGCUGAAGAGAGUAAAAAAUAUACACGAAGAAGGAAGGGUUAUGAUGCACGACAUCGCGUGGCUUUGCGAUUACUAGCUACAUGGUUUGAUAUCAAAUGGAUCAAAGUGGAAGCCAUUGAAACCACAGUUGCUUGUUCUGCAAUGGCUCUGAAAGAAGAAGAAUUAAAGGAACAAAGCCAAUCUCCUAAAAGCAAAUGGGCUAAGUGGAAACGAAGAGGUAUAAUAGGCGCAGCUGCAGUAACUGGAGGAACCUUGUUGGCAGUUACUGGUGGCUUAGCUGCUCCGGCAAUAGCUGCAGGCUUUGGUGCUUUAGCCCCUACCUUGGGAACUCUUGUUCCUGUGAUUGGAGCAAGUGGGUUUGCUGCUGUUGCUAGUGCUGCAGGAAGUGUUGCAGGGUCUGUUGCAGUAGCAGCAUCCUUUGGAGCUGCUGGAGCUGGACUUACAGGAACUAAAAUGGCUAGGAGAACAGGAGAUGUUGAUGAAUUUGAGUUCAAGGCUAUAGGAGAAAACCAUAACCAGGGCCGGCUGGCAGUUGAGGUUUUGAUCUCAGGACUUGUUUUUAAGGAGGAGGAUUUUGUAAGACCUUGGGAAGGACAACAUGAUAACUCUGAGAGAUAUGUGUUGCAGUGGGAGUCAAAGAAUCUUAUUGCUGUUAGCACUGCAAUUCAGGACUGGUUGACGUCAAGACUUGCAAUGGAGUUGAUGAAGCGAGGCGCUAUGAUGACCGUUUUAAAAACUCUUUUGACAGCAUUGGCUUUGCCAGCAACAUUGCUUGCAAUGACUGAUUUUAUUGACAGCAAAUGGGCAAUUGCUGUGGACAGAUCGGAUAAGGCAGGAAAACUUCUGGCAGAAGUGUUACAGAAAGGAUUACAAGGACAUAGGCCUGUGACACUUGUAGGGUUUUCACUUGGAGCAAGAGUUAUCUUUAAAUGUCUUCAGAUUCUGGCUGAGAGUGAAAAUAAUUCUGGGCUUGUGGAAAGAGUUGUUCUUCUUGGGGCACCCAUUGCAAUUAAAAACAUGAACUGGGAAGCAGCUAGAAAGGUAGUGGCUGGUCGAUUUGUGAACGCUUACGCUACAAAUGAUUGGAUGCUAGGGAUUGCCUUCCGUGCCAGUCUCCUUACUCGAGGCUUGGCUGGAAUUCAACCAGUUGAUGUUCCUGGUAUUGAGAAUGUUGAUGUGACUGAACUCAUCGAUGGUCAUUCCUCCUAUUUAUGGGCUACCCAAAAGAUUUUAGAUCUACUUGAGCUUGAUGCCUAUUAUCCGGUAGUUCUUGGUCGCGUAGUGUUGUAAAGACAGACGUUGCGACACAUUUUCUUCCUCAGGAAACUGUAUUUUUGGGGAUUGUAUCUGUUACAAGAAGUGCAUAGGUAGCAAGGUCAUUCUAUGACUACUAGUGUACAACAUAUAGACUUUCUGGUCAUGAAUAAUAUAGCAAGAAUCAGAAAUCACGAUUCACGACUGUAAAAUGUCUUAUGAAAGCAGGUUAUUGAAGUUCUGUUUCUCGUGCCUUUGCAAUCA